UAAUCCAACAAAAUUGGAGCAAGCGUGAUCAAAAUACACAAAACUUAUUUUUCUGUUUGACGUGCAUGAGCUAAAUUCAGAACAAAUUUUUGACUAACCUUACUCAACCGUGCAAGUGUUCGUUUCGUUAAACGAUCUGCUGGCCAAGCUGUCACAUUUGCGCGCCAACUUCGUUCAUAACUGUUUACAUCUUCGUUGCGGUAAGUUGAUAGAAACGUGGAAGCUCUUUUUUUUAACUAUAGUUAAAUGAAACAUCAUUAGAACAAUGACGCCGCCACCAGCGAAGCGACUCCGCGACACCAGUCCGGCGAGGGGCUCGCGGGAAGCUCCAGAAGGUUCGGCCUGUCUGUUCUGCGAACACUAUAGGCAGAUAAUAGAACAUCAAAAGAAGGUCUGUGAGGAAAUGUGGGAGAUUAUACGUAACCAUCAACAUCAAAACGCUGCUAAACAGACACUUAUUCGGCACCUAAAAGAGCAGUGCCGGAACGACUUAACGACCUCUAUACGCCGGAACGAACCGCAUCUGGAGCCGGAUGAGAAUGCGCCUGCGUCGAACACGACCUCGAGCAAAGCUCCGCCGACAACGGCGGUCGCAAGUUCGGCCUCGGAAGGCCGGAACGAACCGCUUCAGGAGACCGGGGAGAAUGAGCCGGAUACGGCAGGGUCGUCGAAUGCGUCUGCGCCGAACGCGACCUUGAACAAAGCUCCGCCGACAACGGUGGCGAAGGUAGUCGUCGCAAGUUCGGCCUCGGACCUCGAAGCUCCGCCGACAACAGCGGUCGCAAGUUCCGCCUCGAAAGGCCGGAACGAACCGCAUCAGGAUACCGGGGAGAAUGAGCCGGAUACGGCAGGGUCGUCGAAUGCGUCUGCGCCGAACGCGACCUUGAGCAAAGCUCCGCCGACAACGGUGGCGAAGGUAGUCGCAAGUUCGGCCUCGGAACGCCAGAACGAACCGCAUCAGGAGCCGGAUGAGAAUGUUUCUGCGUCGAACGCGACCUCGAGCAAAGCUCCGCCAACAACGGCGGUCGCAAGUUCGGCCUCGAAAGGCCGGAAGGAACCGUAUCAGGAGCCGGAUGAGAACGCGCUGGAUACGGCAGGGACGUCGAAAGCGAACAAAGCUCUGCCGACAACGGCGGCGAAGGUAGUCGCAAGUUCGGCCUUGAAACGCCGGAACGAAACGCAUCAGGGGAACGCGCUGGAUACGGCAGGGACGUUGAAUGUGGGCGCAAGUUUGGCCAAGAAGUCUACGCCAACCUCGAGCAAUGUCCCACCGAUGGCUUCGACAACGGCGGCGAAGGCGGUUGCUAGUGCGACCAAGUCGGCCACAGUCGCAGUCAAGAAGGUCAAUUAUCGGCCAAUGGUUGAAAUUGUGAACUGGAAAGAGUGGCUCCACAAGACGCGGCGAGCAACGAUGAAGGUUGAAAACCCAGAUGGCAACACGUCGCAUGUUGGACUGAUGGGAGCGUCGAAGGCGGGCUCAUAUUCGGCCAAGUCAAGUGUUCCGACAACGGCGGCGACCAGCUUGUCGCAAGCAGCGGCCAGUUCGUCGAGCCGAAGGCAAAUCACCGCGAUGGCGGAACCGUCGCCAAGUACGGCCAAGCGUCACAGGUCGAGCGAGAGCGAUGUCGCGCCGAUGGCUUCGGCAACGGCGGCGAAAGCGGUUGCAAGUUCGGCCUCGAAACGCCGGAGCGAACCGCAUCAGCAGCAAGGUGGCAAGGCACCGGACACGGCGGAGUCCUCGAAAGUGGGCGCAAGUUUGGCCAAGGAGUCUACGCCAAAGGCGACCUCGAGCGAUGUCCCGCCGAUAGCUUCGACGAAGGUGACGCGUCGGUACCGGUCGCAAUCUGUCGACAACGCGCACGCUCAAUGCUUCUUUGAACCCAGGCCGGAUCUUUUUGCAGCGGUUGAUGUCAAGGUCCACGCCUUGAAGCUUCUCCUCGGCAGGGCAAUGUGUAGCGAUCUGGAAAACAACACUGCCGUUUUAGACGACCUUCUGCCUCGAAUAGUUUUCGUGCUCGAGAGCAAGUUUGGGACACAUCCACAUCACCGUGACAUUGCCGCUUUCGUGGAAAGGUUGGAACACGAGUUCCCGCAUGUAAAGCAUCACGGGCUUUACAGCUACAACAGAAACCAUCGAAGGAGGCUCGGUGUUCUGUUCCAGAAGCCGAAGAGGGAGAUGCGGAGGUAUCGACCGGCACCGCGUGAGCUGAUCGAAGCUCUAACUGGAGCUAAGGCCUGAAGAAUGGAAGCUGCUGCCGUUGGCGAGACCCCUCAUCAUGAUCGCUGUGUGAAUUUUCUUAAAUAUUGACAUUCAUGAAUUAUUAAAC